AUGACACUUGGGCCUGCUGUAAGGGAUGGAGAGAAUGUCUUUGGUGUUGCCCACUUUUUUGCAUCAUUUAAUGACACAUUCAUUCAUGUGACUGAUUUGUCUGGAAGAGAAACCUUGGUUCGCAUCACUGGUGGUAUGAAAGUGAAAGCAGACAGGGACGAGUCAUCCCCAUAUGCUGCCAUGCUUGCUGCACAAGAUGUUUCACAAAGAUGCAAGGAACUUGGCAUCAGUGCUCUUCAUAUUAAGCUCCGUGCAACAGGUGGGAACAAGACAAAAACUCCUGGCCCUGGUGCUCAAUCAGCACUCCGUGCCCUUGCCCGUUCAGGAAUGAAAAUUGGUCGUAUAGAGGAUGUGACUCCAAUUCCAACUGAUAGUACUCGUAGAAAGGGUGGCAGAAGAGGAAGAAGGCUGUAA